AUGUCAAGAACCAAACGGCAAAAGAUCGAUGACGACACUUCGACAGUGACUACAAAAUUUGAACACUUACCAAAUGAAUUGAUAGUAUUAUGUUUGAGUUACUUGACUUUUUUUGAAUUAUAUGAAUCAUUCUUUGGUCUAAAUCAACGUUUGAAUCAAUUACUUUUAUCCAAACCAACAAUUUACAUCGAUUCAAUACCCGAAACACAAUUCUUGACGCAUUGUUUUAAUUUAAGCCACUUUCUUAGUCAAAGUCAAAAUGGUUUGUUAGCAUUGCGGAGUUAUGAUGAGAAUCAAUUCAAACUAAUCAUGAAAGAUCAUUUGUUUAAAGAUAAAUUUUCUCGAUUGAAAUCUUUAACAUUAAAUAGCAUCCAUGCCGACUCAAUAUACGACGUCAUCUUUAAUGAAGAGAUGAAAUUAUACGACAUAUUAGAACGAUUGUUUCUAAGCGAAGUCAGCGAAGAAGAAGAACAUGGUUCUGCUGUAAAUCGCUUAUGCAAUCGAUUGAUAUCGUCGAAAAUGAAAUCAUUAAACUAUCUGAAUAUGAGUUUCACACCUUACCGAUGUGGAUGUGAAAAUAACAUUCAGUCCGGUCGUGACAAGGUCGACUUGGAAUUUAAAAGAAAAGCAUCAACAAGCCACUUGGAAACACUUAUUAUCGGAGAAAUUGAUGGAGAAAAACAAACUCAAAUAUCGUUUCGUACGUUGACUGAUAAACUGUUGCCUCGUCUAUUGAAACUAAAAACAUUAAUGAUCGAUUCGGUUCACUUUGAACACGAGAAACAUUCUUAUUCUCAAGGUGUAAUGAAGAAUAAAUCGGUUUUAACAAUGAAUUUGAAAACAGUCAAGGUUUGGAUUAAACGGCAAGAUCAGCGGCAUAAAUCAGUCCUAGAAGAUUUUUUUAUCAAAUCAAGUUCCUCGGAUGAUUUAGCAGUAGAAAUAUUUUGCGGUGAUGACGAGAAUAGUUUUGAAUGA